UGUUAACAUGUCUGGAUGUGUUGAUUAGAAAUGUUUUUGUAGUGGUUAGUGGUUACAGGCUUACAGCUUUACAGGAAGAUUUAUUUAUUCAUGUUCUGGUCUAGUCUUUUGAAUCUUAGGACAGCUGUACGUAUGGGUAGGAGAUAUAGGUGAUGGUGAUGUGCUUUUCACGCUCUCCGUCCGGAAAGUGCGCAGGACUCGGUGUCUGUAAUUCUACGGGAUUUUCUCAUAUGAUGAAUUUGUACAAAUUAACUGAUUAGGGAAAAAAAAUGGUGAAAAUUAAAAAACUAAUUUAAACACAAUGUAAUGUAAAAGAUUUUCAAUAAUAUUUCAUUUUUAUUUUUAUUUAUUCUAAAUCAAAUAAAAGAAUUAAUUUCUUAUAGAAAAAAAAAAUAUCUUCAUUCGACCUAAUUUUAUUUACAGUAGUUACUGCACGGAAAAUGAAUGCGGUUGUGUGGGUGUGAGCCUGAGAGGAAAAGGUAGGAGGUGACGUCAAGUAGGUUGUGGACGCUCCAUGAGGUCGCGUGGCAAUUUGGUUUGCUACAUUGAACAAGAAGUCAAGAACCCAUUAUUUCUAAGGGUACUAUAUAAAGGGGAACAGGGUGAAUAAAACAGAGAAGAGGAAAGGAGAGAAGAUGGGUGCGAAUAAGAUGUGUGAGUCAGCGGUGGUGGUAGCGGUGGUUGUGGCGGUGAUGAUGGCCGGAGUUGGUGAGGCACAGAAUACGGCUUCGUGCGCGAGCGAAUUGACGGCUUGUGCGGACUAUCUCAACUCAACCAGCCCACCGGCCAAUUGUUGCACACCACUCAAAAACGCUGUGGAGAACGACAAAGACUGUCUUUGCAAUCUCUACAAUAACCCUAGCCUCCUCCAAUCCUUAAACAUCAACGUCACUGACGCUCUUCAGCUCCCCAAGAACUGUGGCAUUACCGAGGAACUCAAUUGCAAUGCUAGUUCUCCAUCUCCCACCGGCUCACCUCCAGCUACACCUGGAAAGGACGGAGGUGGCGCGAGCAUGGUUGCAUGGACUGGAAUGUCUAGCUUACUAUUGUUGUGUGCUUCUCUGAUGCUUUAAACAUGUGAACUUACUGGAAACGAAUGGAGAGAGAAUAAUGCAGAGAUCAUUCCACAAUUUCGGAGCAGAAUUUCGAUAGCUAGCUGCAGAUUUUGUUGUUUGCUCGUUUCCCCUUCAGUAUUUCAUUGAUUUGAGUCGUGUUCGUGAAUCCUUUAGUUGUAUUUGUUGCAAACUAUCAUUUUGUACACUGCAGUACUUCUGUAAUAUGUGGUGUUAUGCGAUAUCUUCUAUUUAUCCUUAUAUAGUUAACGGAUUCUUGGAUGGUUUUUUGAA